GCCGGGACUGGAGGGCUGCUUGAAACUCGACUGCAGGUCUGCAGAUGGAAGGCGAACAGUGUAACUCUAGGCUUCUUUUUUUCCUCCCCAGCAUGCAUGGCUUUUGUUUCUAGAAGAGGGGACAGAGCUGAUGCAGAGAAAAGCACUUACCUUACACACAGUACUUCGGAGCCCUUUUUAAGUGCCCGGGUGCUCAGUGUGGCACUCAGUCUGCGCUCUGCAGCUGCAUCAUAGACUAUGUUCAGUCCCCACACGGCUGAAUUUGUUUUAUAACACAGAAGGAAGAGACUGAGAGGGACAGAUAACAGGGUACUCAGUGGAGAGGGCUUUACUGUCCGUGUUGUUUUAACACCCACAGAACCUGGAAAUUAAAGUUUUUUUUACACAUCUAGCCUUGUUAAAGGCUACGCUGGACUGUUAUUGAGUUCACUGCACAUCUCAGGAGUGAAUUAUUUCUUGCGCGUGUUUUUUGCCCAGCUCAAACUGUGAAGAGGAGCAGAAAAGAGCUGAGUUUGCUUUAAAGUGAAUCGGAGGACCAAGGAGAGAGCAAGAGCAAGUACACUGCUCUGCCUUUGAGUGUAUAUCUGGACAACAUGGUGCAGAAAAUGAGCCACACGGAGAGCACCGCCGAGGCGCUCUCCUUUUUCGCCGGGGAUUCGAGCUCUGAUUCCGGGGCGUGCAUGGACCUGGACCCGGCUGCCUCGCCUCUUUCCCCGGGCUCCACGGCUUGUUCGACUGCCGGGGACAAGCUCGCAGAGAACCCGGCAUGGUGUAAAACUCCCAGCGGCCACAUCAAGAGACCCAUGAAUGCGUUUAUGGUGUGGUCACAGAUAGAGAGGAGGAAGAUCAUGGAGCAGUCCCCGGACAUGCACAACGCUGAGAUCUCCAAGAGGCUGGGGAAGCGGUGGAAGCUGCUGAGAGACAGCGACAAGAUCCCCUUCAUCAGGGAGGCAGAGCGGCUUAGGCUCAAGCACAUGGCGGACUACCCCGACUACAAGUACCGGCCCAGGAAGAAGGUUAAGUCAAGCGUCUCCAAGCCUGGCAGUAUCGGAGACAAGGCAGAGAAACUCAACAGUAGCUCUCUCAACACCAGCACUAAGACAUCCUCAUCUUCCAGGAAGAAUGGAUCCAAAUCACCCAGCAGCAGCAGACCCCACAAAUCACUUUUCGGGAGCAGCAGCAGUAGCACCAAAGCAUCACCUUUUGCCUCUGAGCACACAUCAGAGCACCACCAUAACUCUCUCUACAAGUCGAAAUCUGUCUCCUCAGCAGCCAAGCAGAUACCGGAUGCCAAGAAGCCCAAGCGGGUUUACGUCUUCGGCAGCAGCGGGGCCAACUUGAGCGUCAGCCCCCCUUCCUCGGUUGUGGUCCCCGCCAGCCCAACACUCAGCAGCUCGGCGGAGUCCAGCGACCCGCUCAGCCUGUAUGAGGACGCGGCCAGCGGUAGGGAGGAGGGAGCAGACUCCCCAGGCAGCAGCGGCAGCCUGGGCGGAUCUUCGGAGCGAAACGGCGGGCACACAUACAGCAGUCGGCGGACUUCCUCACCAACUCCCUCCGGCUCUCACUCCUCCGCCUCGUCCCACUCUUCCUCCUCGUCUUCCUCGGAAGAUGAAGAGUUUGAGGACGACAUGCUCGACAUUAACCCGAGCCCCAACUUUGAUAGCAUGUCGAUGGGGAGCUUUGGCUCCUCGGUUCUGGACAGGGACUUGGAUAUGAACUUUGAGUCUGGCUCCGGGGGUUCCCACUUCGAGUUCCCCGACUACUGCACGCCCGAAGUCAGCGAAAUGAUCUCCGGGGACUGGCUGGAGUCCACCAUCUCCAACCUGGUGUUCACGUACUAAAAAUAACGUCAGGUAACGUCCUGCAAGCUCAAAUAUGACCACAAACAAACAGGAGUUCCUGGUACAGUGGGCAAAAUAGUUUGUCCACCCGACUAGUAAAAACCCACUGAAACUAGCCCCCGUCCCUUCUCGUCUAGAUAGACAAGCGCUACAAAUCCUUGGAAAACUUUAAAGCGAAUAAGUUGCUUUUUGUACUUUCCAAUGGAUGCGUGGACUGUGGACUUUGGUUCAACCACAGAAGUGGAGUGCAAACACGAGAAGGAGAGAAAAGGAGACUGGCUGUGUUUCCUGACAGUGAAACGCUCAGUCCUGAACUGUUUUUGAAAUGAACAACUUUAACUGUGAUUGAUUUGCGGCCAGCCGUUCACUUAAUCAAUGUUGUUGCUGAUGAAAAAAGGGACAUUUCACAACUUUUUACCAAUUGCCAAGUGAACUCCACCACUAAAAAGGUACAGAAAUAGGACUGUCGUGCAACAUUUUUAUUGUGGUGUGUCACCCAGAGGGAUUUUUUAUAAAACCGAGGUGGGUUGGUGUUUUUAAAAAGUCGAAUAUUUUCUCAAACGCAAAAAAACAUGUUAAGCAUGAUAGCCUACUUUGUUCCUAUCUUGUGCUGAGAUUUUCUGCAAGACUGUCGAGCAGUUUAAAAACUAGUAUUAGGGUUAUUUAAAAGGAUAGGUGGCACUCGCUUUCGGUUCUUCUCUUUAAAAAAAAAAAAAAAAAAAGGACAUUGAAAUAAUCACCAGCUGUUGUAAUUUUUUCAACCUUCAGGAUUCAAACGCAACUUCAAAUCUGUGCUGAACUUUAUACACGUGUUCUCUACGAUUCAGGACCAAACUUCUUUGAUUUCAGAUGAUAGCUAUAGAAAAAUCCUCACCGAUUUUUUUUUCAUCCUCUGAGCUUUGUUUUGUACAUGUAUUCAGAUGCCAUUUUAUAUGGGAUGUUGUAUUUAUAUACUGGGCCAAGCAUUUUCGACUUGAUCAUUUUUUUAAUUUCUUGUAAACAUGAUCUAGUCCUGUUUUUCUUACACGGUUGUUUGUCAGUAUGUUUGUGUCUGUCACAUUUCCUUCUCAGGCGAAGGGCUAGAGUUUUAAAAACACACAACUUUUGAUUUCAUUUUAUAUUUAAAUGUACACACUUUUUGGACACUGAAAAGAGAGGAAACAGUUUGAUUAUUUUCUCAGUGUAUUUUUGUACAAAUCUAUAUAGAAAAUGGGGGAGUCAACAAUCCGUGUGUGUAGCCUAAUACAGCUGUAUUGGAUUUCCGAAUUUUUAAUACCCCAUCAGGCUGGUUUUCAUGCUGCCUUCAAGUGCUCAUGGUAAACUCGGAUUUAAGAUAUUUUAUCGCCUGUUCAAAUGCUUUUGUAAGGACAACCAGCAUAAUAGACCUUCUAUCACUGUGGUGCCUAUUGUUUAAUCCUUAAAAUGUUAGGCACCAAGUUAUUUUAUACAUACGUGACCUGAGCAGAUGACAUAAAAAUAAGCAGGUGUGUAAUUGGUCUUUUACUUUACAAUUUGACACAUUUUCUUUGACUUUACCAGCAUAUACUGACAAGACUUAUUUGAUGUCCAAACCAUGAAUAUCAUCUCUUGUCAGUACAAACCUGAUUUACUUAACUACUGUUACAAGGAUACAAUUACAAAUGUUCCUACAGCACUUGAAAGCAGCACCAGCCUUUGUAUCUGCCUACCUUCUACGUUUACAGUGCCAGUCUGCAGGCUCCUUAAAGACACAGGAAUGCAUUAUUUCUAGAGGCUAUUCCUGUGGACCAUGUGGGUUUAACAGCAUCACUAUCUUAAGCAUCCAUUUGUUUUUUUCACAUUUCCCAUCAGAUAUCUUGCCUAUAACAACAAAUGAGGAGAUUGUAGCUUUAAAUUUGACUUAUUUCUUGAUGUUUUCAUUAAUUGAUGUCACAUUUGCCAAUCAACCUCUUGAUUGAACCAACUAUCAAUACAGCAAGCAAACAACUAGGAUGAUAACAUCAAGCAUAUUCAAAUGUCUGACUUGAGUUCCGCAACACCUACUUAUACUGCGUUUCUCAUUGUAUUUGAAUAUAUAAUCUUUUCUACUUGUCAGCUAACUAUUAGCUAAUAAUUGUUUUAGUAUCUUUAUGGCAUGGUGAAUAGCAUUUGUAUUUCAGAUUCAGGUCAUUAGCUGUUGUGUUUUUCAGAAAAAAAAAAAAAAUGUGGAAAAACGAUGAAACGUGAACUCGAUCUUUGUAUAUUUGACUGUAUCAUAAAGCAAAAAAGAUUGUGUGUUUAUGUACGUUGUUGCUAUCGAAGACAGGCACUGUCCAGAACUGCUAUCUUUUACACAUCCUUACUUACAUUUAAGAUGGUCAGUUCAGGACUCUUUUUUUAUAUAUAUAUGAAAGCAUUUUUAAAUAUAUUGACUUUAUUUUUCAUCCAUCCUGUGCAAUAUGCUGUGUAGAAUUAUCAUUUAUUGUCUCUAAUCAUGCCAUAACAAAGGAACCACCCUUUUUUUUGAAACUCAGAGAAAGGGGGGGAAACUCAUGCCAGCUAAAUUGUGUCCAUUCACUGCCUGUCAGAUUGUUGAUAUAAACUUGUGUACAGAACUUUUUCAAGGAAGGAAAUAAAUAUCAGCUGGAACUGAAACUCUA